UUAGUUAAUUAGUAUCACACUCAUCAUAUAGCUUUUUUCCGAAAAGGAAGACAAAGCCCCUCUCACCAUACAUCGAGCUAGUGAACUUGAUUGCGUUGAUCAAGAGAGGAGAAUGGAUUGGAAGCCUAUAGUGACGAUGUUGGCGGUGGUGACCGUGUUCGCGGUGAUGAACACGCUGACAAAGAUGGCUUUUAACGAAGGGAUGCACACCACCGUCCUCAUCGUCCUCCGCCAGCUCACCGCCACGCUCUUCCUCGCCCCGAUCGCCUACUUCAAAGAGAGGAAGACUAGGCCUAAGAUGACCACAGAGAUCUUCGUCUACCUCUUCUUGAGUGCCUUGCUCGGAGCGUCACUGACCCAGUGGCUCUUCUUCUUCGGCCUGCGGUACACGACGGCCACGUUCGCGAGCGCCUUCAUCAAUAUGACCCCCAUGUUCACCUUCCUGCUGGCGCUGCCCUUCAAGAUCGAGAAGCUCGACGUGACCACCGGCUCCGGCGCCGCCAAGCUCACCGGCACGGCCGUGGGGCUGGCCGGAGCGAUUUUGAUGGCGCUCUACCAAGGCCCGGCCCUGACGGGGACGCGGACCACAGACCACCACGCCGCCGCGGCUGCUGCCCACGGUGGCGCGUGGAGGUGGGCGAUCGGGUCGGCGGCGCUGCUGGGCGGCUCGGCGAGCUGGUCGCUGUGGUUCAUACUACAGUCCAAGAUCGGCACCAAGUACCCCGCUCUGUACUCCAGCACGGCGUGGAUGUUCCUGCUGAGCACCGCGCAGAUGGCCGCCGUCGGGGCCGCGACGGAGGCGAUGACCCUCCAGGUGUGGCUCCCCGGCACGGCGCUGAAGGCCGUGACGGUGCUGUUCGUGGGGGUGGUGGGGUCCGGGCUGGGGUUCCUGGCCAUGUCGUGGUGCGUGGAGCGGCGGGGGCCCGUGUUCACCACGGCGUUCAUGCCGCUCAUCCAGAUGAUCGCCGCCGGGAUCAACGUCACGGUGCUCCGCGAGCAGCUCCACCUCGGGAGCGUGGUCGGGUCGGCGCUGGUCGUCGUGGGGCUCUACUUGGUCCUCUGGGGGAAGAGCAACGAGGCGAGCAGCAAACCCACGCUGCCUCCUCCGUCACAUUCCAAGCUCGCGUUGGAUGAAGAAACAGAGCAUGGUCAUUCACGGAUCAUGCAGAGCGUGUGACGAGCCGCUGCGUCAAGGUGAUUAAGGUGCAACUGUCUUUCGGCACCCAAAGGAGGAGGACAUAGUUCGCUAUUUUCUUCCAUUUUUCUUCAUCUUUCUACUAGAAUCAAGUGAACUAUAGAUAGGUUAUUGGAAAUAAUUCACGUGGAUUAGUCAAAGUGGAUUAUUGUUCGAACGGGUAAAGUUUUUUUACUUUUCAAUACAAGGCUUUACACUCCUCA